AUGGCUGUGUAUCAUACCCGUAUUGCAGAAUCGCUGUACUUUGGAGUUCGGUUGCCCCAGAACAAGCGGUGUUUAGAAAUUGAGAUUUCGUUGAAGAUGUCUGAUGAAGAUGACUGGAAGGCCGGUAUAGGCGCCGCUGUUGGCGGUAUUAUUGGUUUCUCGGCCCUCCUUGUCUUGGUCCUUUACAUCAUGGGUAAAAUAUACAACAUAAGCCUCGGAGAGAUAUUCGGCCAAAUACGUGAUGGAUUCCGUGAUUCCAAGCCUAAACUCCAAUAA